UUGCUAGAGUGCGGAAAUAUAGCUAUUCAUUUCAUAAUAGUCAUUGCUUCUACUCCGACGACUUCUAUUCGUUCGAUCUAGCACGAGAUUUCGUCUUGUUCUCACAUUUCUCUUCCCAUUAUUAUUUUCCUUUACAAAUCCAUCGGGACACGUUCGAUACAUCGCGAUAUAAUUAUCUUCAUUGGGAAUAAUUCGACUCGAAGGGGAACGUUUAUUUUCGUAACUCUCGCGAAAGCACGUGUCGCCGUGGUUUUUCGAUUCUACGCAAAGUCCAUCGUAAACGUAAUUGGCAACAGAUGGAGUUUAUUUUUAACGUUUUCUCUGUACGGAUAGCGAUCUCGUAAUCGUCGUUAACCUUCCUCCGUGUUUAUAUGUCCGGUUGUAAGACCCACGGAAAUCAGUGUCUGGUGAUUUCGAGACUUGGAUAGACGAAAGUGAUCGUUUGCGAUUGUUUUUGUUUCGUUCUCCGCGGUUGUUCGUAUUCUUGGCGCGGUCGAGAAUAAAAUUCCCGCUGUUCGGAUAGAAUUUAAUGCUGUGUUAUUAAGAAAGCAAUAAUAUGACCGACGUUAUGAGACCUGUGUCACCGAUCUCACCGGUUCGUUUGGCGACGAUUCAAAAACACGCACGCUGGGAACGAUACAUCAAUGCGUUGCUGGCAGACCUGCAAAAUACUGUCUCGUCGGAAGGAAAUCAUGUGGGUAGCAACGCGACUCCUGGUUAUGGAUCAUUGAACGGUGCACGAACGACUGCAUACAGAUCGUACGAUAAUCGAACUUCGCCUCUUCCGCCGCAAUCGCCGACUUACCAGAAUCGUGAGGCCAUCGAGGAGACCAUCGCCAAAAGCAGCGGCGGUGGGAAAAUGCCCUCUCUGAACAACAACCUCUCGGAGCUGGACACCCUGCUUCAAGACCUGAGCAACGCGCAUUACAGUGCGAAUUAUCAGGAAAGAGAGAAUCGCGUGUCCUCGGGAGGAAUGAAUGGAGACUCUAGUCCGAUGCUUCGUUCUCCGAGUAGCAUGUCAGCCUCCAGGCCCACCGUGGACUCGUUGCUGGAGGAGCUGAGCACAGCUGUUCCCAAUGGGGAUUACUCUUCCGACGGAAGGGUUAAGGUCACCAUUCAGGAAACGUCGACCGAGAUCCAACCGAUCUACGACGGUUAUCCCUCCAGACAGCACGGAUCGCUGAAUCGCAGCGAGGUGCAAAGAGGCUACACGAACGGUCACACGGCCAGCAACGCUACCAAGGAGCUGGACGAUCUGAUGGCUUCUCUAUCCGAGUUUAAGAUCAACAGCGGUUCCCAUCAGCAUCAAACGGUAACCGACUCCCCGUACGCGAAGCCCAACAAAGCCACCAAGAGCUCCCAGAGCCCGCUGCCACCCGAGGGGGCGCAAACGCGGAUCCACAUCACCGAGACCCACACCACCCAUCACUACCAACAGCAAUUAGGAGAGCCUUAUCCACCUCAGCCAGCAGCGACUCAAACUAAACAGAACCAGUUGGAUUCUAUGCUAGGGAACCUCCAGGCAGACAUGAGUCGUCAAGGUGUGAACACUACUCAGAAGGGAUGCUGCAGCGCCUGCGAAAAGCCCAUCGUGGGACAAGUGAUCACCGCUCUGGGGAAAACGUGGCACCCUGAACAUUUCACGUGCACCCACUGCAACCAGGAGCUGGGAACGCGGAACUUCUUCGAGAGGGAGGGUCAACCCUACUGCGAGACCGACUAUCACAAUCUCUUCUCGCCUCGUUGCGCCUACUGCAACGGCCCUAUUCUCGACAAAUGCGUAACCGCGCUGGAGAAAACUUGGCACACGGAGCACUUCUUCUGCGCCCAGUGCGGCAAACAAUUCGGGGAGGAAGGCUUUCACGAGCGAGAUGGAAAGCCUUACUGCAGGGAGGACUAUUUCGAUAUGUUCGCCCCGAAGUGCGGCGGAUGCAAUCGCGCCAUCAUGGAGAAUUAUAUAUCUGCCCUGAACAGCCAGUGGCAUCCCGACUGUUUCGUUUGCAGGGAUUGUAGACAAAAGUUCCAAGGAGGCUCGUUCUUCGACCAUGAAGGUCUCCCCUAUUGCGAAACCCACUAUCACGCUAAGAGAGGAUCGUUAUGCGCGGGAUGUCACAAACCAAUUACAGGUCGUUGCAUAACCGCGAUGUUCCGGAAGUUCCAUCCAGAGCACUUCGUGUGCGCGUUCUGUUUAAAACAAUUGAACAAAGGUACCUUCAAAGAGCAAAAUGACAAACCGUAUUGCCACGGGUGUUUCGACAAGCUGUUUGGUUAAGACAUACCGGAGAAAGUAUUUGUAACAUAAUAACAAGUAACAGGCUGUUUCGCUCGAUAUCGUUUAUUAUAGGCUGGUCGUAUUCGUCCACUUGCAUAGAGUUCGAUAAUCGUUAUAGUUGUAUGAAACACUAGUAUGUACUUGGCGAUACACGCAUGUUAUCGCAACUCGAAGCAGCCUUCUGAAAUUUUCACGAACAUUGACGUUCGAAGUGGUGCGAAGGAUAAAGUAAUAGGAUAUUCGCAGUCAUCGUUAUCUUCCAUUGUCCUUGAUAAGGGCUUGUUGCUAAUAUUUUCAGGAAUAUUUUAUAUCACGUACUUUACAUUGACCGUAUGAUCUAACAAUUAAUAAAAGGUGCUAAUUAGUAGCUUAUUUUUACUAAUAGUGUAUUUGUUAAGAGCUAUAUCCGAAUGAAACGGCUGCCAUUUGAGAAAAAAAAAUCAGGAUAACAUUGAUACAGGUUUAUGCGAUGUUUGGAGGUUCUGUCAACCUUAUCAGUUAGUUUGUUUCUAUAUCACGCUGAGAUUAUUAUUUAUGGAAUCUACGUUAGAUAUGAAUAGAAAGUACACGAUAAUUUCUCAAAUCUAAUCGGAUAAUUAAAAACAAAGUAUUUCACAAGUACAUAAUGUAGGAGCAGGAAAAAUAUAAAAUUAAAAAUCCGUAAUUCUCUUGAACAAAA